AUGCCACCACCAACCCUGCUCCAGACGCACAUCUCACGUGCCCUUCGAUUACUUGACCGCCGCCUCUGCCGCCCCUGCCGCCGCUGCUGCUGCUGCUGCUGCUGUUGCUACUUGCGCCCUCGGACCACGCGACCCUAUUCUGCCGUGACCGCUGCUCCACCGCGAACAGAGCACUUCGAGGUCCCAUGUCGUUCCAACGGCUCCAUCACCAUCGAGAAAGCAUCGCCCAUUCUCAUCUAUCUGCCACCAGGUCCCGUGCUCCCGGGCCAUGCUGAGGAAGAGGAGCACAUCAUGUCCUCCUUGGCUGCCUCGAGUGCUGCAACCAUAGCACGCAUCAACUACCGCGCAUCCGUAGCCCAUCCAUAUCCCACGCCCUUCCACGAUGUUGUAACUGGCUACGACUGGAUAGUAGACAACUUGCUCCGUGAUGAAUUUCAUCGUCCCCAUCUCGGACGUCUGGGUGUCUGUGGGCAACUGGUGGGAGGCUCACUAGCGACCAUGCUGGCCUUGACCGAAUGUCGAGUGGGAGAAAAUCGCCUCGCUGCUGCUGCAGUAAACAAUCCUAUCGUCGACUGGGUCUUCCCAGACGAGCUGCCAUCUGUGGGUGCCUCAGAGCUGCCUGAGCCCUCAGGUGCAGACGAUACGGCUUUCCCAGCUGAUGUUGAAUCUGCCAUCCCACAGCCUUUGACAGCAUCAAUUCGCAAACAGAACAAGCCAGCCACCAAGAAACCCUCGCUUACGGCCUGGCAAGCUCAUGGUGACAACGCUACAAUACCUACAUUGACUCUAUCUGCCGAGCGUGACAUGUUGUUUCGCAGGCCUGGUGACUACUUUGAUCGCUUCGCAUCGCCAAUUCACUUUUUUCGCUCCCCGCAUGCGCACAUGAUCUUCCCAGAGCAAGACGACAUGUCCGCUUCGCAACAGCCCGAGGACCUCCUCGAUAGAGAAGCUCAGUUUGCUCUCAAUCAUCAUGCGUCCGCUGCUGGUAAGACCAAAGCAUCGCCUGUAGUGGCUACGCUAUCAAGGUGUCGCGCUUAUGCUCGUAAUUACCCACCAGCUGGUAGUUUUUUGAAGCUACCGGUUUGGCAUAUUACUACGGGCCUGCAAAGCCCCCUUUCAGAUCAGGCACUGGACUUGGCCAAAGGCGUUCAACGAAGUCUUGCACGUCAGAGGCUCAAGUCACAGUCAGGACGCACGCGAUGGCUCGAUGCGGCGGAAAAGAAAGUGUACGAGCAGUGGGCCCAGGAACAGGUGCAACUACAAUCACAACAGGGCAUCGGUCUAUGGUCGCCGUCGGACAAGGACGAGGACGAGAACUGGACAGCACCGGUUACAAGAGUGGGCAUCUGGAUGAAGCAACGUCUAGAAACAGAUUUUGUGCGAAAAGGCACAAUGUGCCCAAGACCUAAGUGA